ACAUUGGAGUUGGGAAAAGGUUAUACUGCCAGUCGCACGGCGCUCCGCUCAACGUGCGUUUGACAACCUCUCAGCUGCGAUAGACGUCACCCGUACAUCAUCCAACAUGGCGGAGAAGAAGAAGGCUAAGAAACGCAAAGAGGGCUAUAUGGAUGAGGAGAUCACUGAUAAACCCACCAAGAAUGAGUAUGCUGUGGCCAAAUGGAUGAAGAAGAAUGUUCCCAUCAAGAAGAUCAAAUUCUUGAAUCACAUGGUUCAGUACUUCACAGCUUCCAAAGCACUUGAUGCCUUGAUGGAAUCAGAGUUUGCCACUGGGGAUGAAGCUUUGUUCAGCAGCAGGGUGGAUGCUGUCCAUUAUAUGCAAGUUAUGUUGGAGCACAAGUUCUUCCACAGAGCCAGAAAGGUUCCAAUGUCUGAAAGUGAGCUUAAAGCUAAGAAGAAGAAGAAAGAGGAUAAAGCUAUUGAGGCUGAAAACAGCACUGCUGAAGGAAAAGCAGAGUCAACUGAAAUCAAGGAAAAGAAGAAGCGAAAGGUUCGUCUCGACAUGCAUAUUGAUCAGAGAUUCGUCGACUGUCUCGACGCUUACGUCUGGAUAUACGAUCCAGUACCGUUCUAUUAUUGGAUCUUCGGUACUCUGCUAGUGCUUGGCGCCAUCGGCGUCUGUCUCUUCCCUCUGUGGCCUCCAUCAGUCAGAUUAGGUGUUUAUUACUUGAGCGUUGCCGGUGCUGGAUUCUUCAUCUUCAUCAUCUUCUUGGUAGUUCUUCGGCUGAUCAUGUUCUGUCUCGUCUGGCUCUUAACGGCAGGGAAACACCACAUAUGGAUAUUCCCUAAUUUGACUGAAGAUGUUGGACUCGUCGCAUCAUUCUGGCCCUUAUACACUUAUAAAUACGUUGGUGAUGGUGGUGACAGCAAUGGCUCAUCCUCAAAGGUUAAGAAGAAGAAAGAGAAGGAUUCCGACGCGGAGAAUGACGAUACAGAGGACGACGGAGAGGAUUCCGAUAAGAGGAGCAGCACCGAAGCAGCGGAACAACCUAGUAACAAUGAACCAGGGAAUAACGGAAGGAGCACGUCGUCCGAAUGCGACAACGAUUUCGUAAUGGUCGAUCAAGACGAGAUCGAGUCUUGAUGUCGCCUGAAUUUUGGGAGAAACAAUGCACAGUUUAACUAUUAUUUAAUAUAAAUACAUAUAUUAUAGACAAUUGAUCAUAUUAUAAUAUGGAAAGAAAGAGGUUUUUUUUUCUUCUGUUUUUAAACUAAAUGUAAGUCUAGUUUCCUGGAUUCGACCCACGAUGCUUUAUAGAAUGCCUCUAGCAUCAGACCUAUUUGUUACCGUUGUAGAAAAAUUGUCCGUUUAACCCGAUUUCGUUAUUAUUUAAAUAUCUUAUAUCUAUAUAUAUAUUAUUUUCGUGAAUUAUUUUUUUUUAUACCUGAGAACUGAUUGUGUGAAACAUUUUUUUUCGAUCUGUUUUAAUUGUAGAGGGUUCAAUAAAACAAAUGUACCUAAUUUUAUAUCCAGAUAUAUAGAAAGAAAUUUGUUAUAUCUAUUUUACCUCUUGGUGCGUUGAUAUGCGUUAUUUAUUAGAGCUUCUGUUUUGAUUUGUAUAAAUGAAAAUGUUGCAUUUAGAAUAUUUAUAAAUACUAUAUAUAUAUAUUGAAGGAUGGAGAUUUA